AUGGCACCCUCCGAAACAGUUUCCCCAUUCAUCAGCAAUUUCAAAAUGAUUCCAUUCAACAACCAUACUACUUUAGACAAGGCUGCCGCCUCUAUACUUAGCGUUUCAGCUCCCGUCAAAAG